ACAGUAGACACAGAAAACUCUUCCCAAUUCUCAGUCUCUUCUCCGAUGGCCCGAAUCGUGAUCCAAAGCCUUCUCCGCCGCUCCCCUCUCUUCCGGCCACAAUACCUGACCCACGCCCACCGUUCCUUCUCAAGCAGCUCCGCCCGGUUGAUCGAGAUCGACCUUGACGCCUCCUCCUCCUCCUCAUCUUCGUCGUCGUCGUCGACGUCUCAAUCGGACGAGGGGGACGGGGAUUCCGAGUCCUUGUUGCUGAAGAAGCUGGACGACCUGAUCCACCGCAUCAUGGUCCAGAAGUCCACCCCGGAUUGGCUGCCCUUCGUGCCGGGCUCGUCCUUCUGGGUGCCGCCGAGGCCCGGGACCUCCAAGGUGCUGGACCUGGUGGGCCGGCUGGCCGACCAGCUUGGCCACGAGGAGCCCCUCUCGCUCACCUCCUCCCGUGGCUGGCCCUGCUCUUCUUUCUUCCUCCACGGCAAUGAAUCUACUAAUUCAUCAAAGGUGGAUUUGGGGGUGAAUGAGCCAGCAGAGGUGGAGGUGGAGAUAGAGGUGAAGGUUCUGAAAAAUUCAGAGGACACAUUGCGAUCUGAGGACGAGGAAGGAUGAGGAGCAGAUCCCUUGACGGAAUGGUCAGUUUGGCUUGCUAACCACCAUAGAUUGAGAGGAAGGAGAAGCUGGGCUGACAAAGGAAAUGUUGUACAGAUGUAAUUAUGGUUGGUUUUUGGGGUGCAGGGAUUUGCUCUUACGCUUCUCUAAUUGUCGAACCCACCCCAGUCUACUUAAGUCUUGACUUGCUCGUGUGUUUGUGGUUGGUUGAUGACGAAUCAAUAUAUCUUGAAUAUGCACAAGAUGGAUUCUUGUCCUCA